GCAGCGCGGCCAGCGCCGUGAGGCGUCGCCGUCGCCGUGGCCAUCACACCGGUAGACGUGCAGCGCGCCGCAGACUUGAAGAUGGAAAUGGACACGGUAAGCGGCGCCGUCAGCGGCAAGACCAACGUGAACCCCCCGACCAAGGACGCCCUGCCCGACGCCGACGAGGAGAAGAGCACGCCCAUCAAGCCUCUGGACGCCAACCGCUAUGCCACCAAGAAGACCAUCGCGCAGGGCAUGCUUGACAUCGCCCUGCUCACGGCCAACGCGUCCCAGCUCAAGUACAUCCUGCAGGUGGGGCCGCGGCAUGAGUUCUACACGCUCAUGCUGGGCCUCAUCUCCACCUCCAUGAUCCUGCAGGUGCUCGUGGGGAUCAUGUUCCUGUUCAUCGGCGCGCUCAACAUCAACAAGGACAAGGACAAGCGGCGCGCCGUCAUCUUGAACGACAUCAUCCUUAUCAUGGUGUUCAUCAUCUCCGUCACCAACGUGGUGAUCGCGGGCUUCGGCAUCGACAAUGCGAGCCGGCCGCUGCGCCUGCUCUCUGACGAGCGCGGCCCGUACAGCAGAUAGUCCGUACAGCCCGGCCCAGCCGCCCCAUAGCCACCCC